AUGGGGGCUCCUUUAUCUUCUCACUGGCCUGGAGGGGAAGAGCAGGGCAAAAGAAGGAGAUCGAGGGAAAGGGAGGAGGAGGAGGAGGAGGAGGAGGAGGAGGGAGGUGGAGGGCGUCCUGGCUUCCUCUUUGAUUUGUGUAGUGGAGGUAUGGACUGUAACUGUGUUAGUGACCUGCUGCUCACGCCACCAGUCCCAACCCUCUGGACACCAGGCAUCGCCUUCCCAGACUGGGCCUAUAAGCCAGAAUCAAGCCCAGGCUCCAGGCAGAUCCAGCUGUGGCACUUCAUCCUGGAGCUGCUGCAGAAGGAGGAAUACCAGGGGGUGAUUGCCUGGCAGGGAGACUAUGGUGAAUUUGUGAUCAAAGACCCAGAUGAGGUGGCAAGACUGUGGGGCCUUCGGAAGUGUAAACCUCACAUGAACUACGACAAGCUCAGCCGAGCACUUAGGUACUACUACAAUAAACGCAUUUUGCACAAAACUAAAGGAAAGCGCUUCACCUACAAGUUCAACUUCAGUAAGGUGGUUCUGGUGAAUUACCCACUGCUGGACAUGGCCAGCUCUCCAUUCCUGUUGGCCCAGAACCACUUCAAUGGAGGAGCAGCAACACCGGACUGCAGCCCUGUCACCCCCGAGGCUAUUGAUUUGGUAAAUUUGCUUUUACCUGAAUCUGGUCGAGGGCCCUCUCUGUUUGAGCGCAGUGCAGGGGCCCCAGGGCCUGAUGGGGACAAGCUGAGACUGGACACUUUUCCUUUCCUCGGCUCAGGGGCUCCUUGUUACGCCAAACCUCCAUCCCUUUUGGGUCCUUACGCACGGAACCCCUCUUUUGACUACCCCUGGGGCUUCAACCCCUACCUCCCAGGGGCCUUUUCUCUGAACAACUGUCCCAAAUUGGCCCCAGGCUCCCUCUACUCUUCACAUUUCUAUCCCAACCCACUCCAAUCCAGCCUGUCUCAGCUGUCACACCCCUUCUCUUCGCUCUUAUCCCCCGGAGACACGACCACGACCGGUUCUCUCUUUCUCUUUUUCUGUCUAUGCAUUCCUGCAUUUGUGAAAUAA